AGACAACUCUUCCUUUCUGGCACGUGACAACAUCUGCUCCACGUCCAUAGAUUGAAGACUUGCACAUUUUCCAUAGUCAUGCUGCUGGUACUCUGGGUGGCACUGUGCCUGGGGAGUGUGCUCGCUGAUGAGCCGACAUACCCAUUCCCAGUGAACUGUGAAGAACCCAGGGACUGUACAGAAGAUCAGAUUCCCUACUGCAUCAUUGGCCGAGAUGAACCCGUGUAUGGACAUUGUGAGAUACAGGACGCCAUCUGCGAUGGCGAGGAGUGGGACCCCAGCAACAGCUGCUUCCUGCCGUACGCCAUCAGCUGCGACCAACCCGCCGACGAUCGCGAAUGUGGACGUGACGCACGCCCCUGGUGCGUGGUGGGCAGGGCACGGCCAGUGCGAGGUCACUGCGCCAUCCAGGAGGCCAUCUGUGACGAAAACGCCGUGCUUGACAUCAGCAGUCGCUGCCUGCAGUGAGACAACACCCGACUUUCGUUCAACUGUGGGAAUGUUUUAUGAUCAUUACUAAUAAUGUGACCUUUUAUGUACAAUAGACUCACCAUGGGCAAAUAAAACAAU